CAACGGCUACAACUGCAGAAUAUAGCCGAUUCAGUAAAUUUUUAGUGACAAACGAGUAGAGUUGCCUUAAGUUUCUGUUGCAAUAAAAAGUCUUCCACAAAAUUUAACACAAAUGCCUUUUAAAAAUGUUCAAAAUAAAAUUGAGGAUUUCAAACGCGAAUACGUCGGAUCACUUAAAGAAAGGCUAGAAAUUAAAGAUGCUUAUAUAAAAUGUAAUGGGUCCAUUCCAAAAAUUUUUAAGUAUAUUCCCUACACCGAUUACAGAUCUAAAAAACGAAUAACGAAGAUCGUAAAUCAGAUGAUUGAAAAUGGUGAGGUGGUAAAAUUUCCGGACGAACCAAAAAUGAUAAACGAGAAGAAAAGGGUAAACAACGCAGCACCGGAAAUAUCAGGGCUUAACAACAUGUCAACGCCAUCAAAAAUAAAACAAACAAGUAUAAACAUAAACACACCAAAUACUUCCAUACAUCCCUCACCUUGUUCUACGCCUAUUUCUGCUCUAAAUUUCAGCACAGAUGAAUUCUCAAAUGGAUCAUAUGUUGGCAUUGAAGAUAUUUUACGAAUAAUCCCUAGUUUUAUAAACGAUUCCAGAUCAACUGGAAGUCCAAAUUGUAAAAGAGCGAAUGAGGAAAAUUUGUCGUCAAAAUUUAACGCCUUGAGCACCAGUUCCGAUAAUACUAGCAAUAGUACCUUGGAAUAUGCCAAACGUGAAAGUUCCAAUAAAAGAAAAUAUGGAAAACUCGAAGGGAGCGGAAAGAAACUGAAAUUCGAUUGCAGCUCCACGAAUAGAAAUGAGCAGAAAUUUUUCGAAAGCAGUGAGAAAACUACAAUUGCUAAUGAUCAAAAUGAGAAUGUUCACCAAAUCGCGUUACCUAGAAAUGGAAAUAGUAACACUUUAAAUUUUAAAGUUGUUACCCCACAAAUAGCAAUUCGAAGUAAUCACGCAUACCUCGAUAAACAGAAUAUCACUAAUAACAAACCAAAGCCACCAAAAAUAUUAACAAUGAAUUCUACCUCAUUGAACAACGGGGAUCGGAUAAUUCAAAAUAACCAAAACAGGGUAAAUUUCGUACAAUACUUAGAAGACACACUUCCACAUGUGGCUUGUUCAACACAUCUUCCAGUUUCAAAUCCCGGCAAGGAUUUAGGCCCAUCAGUAUCAAAUAGCAACUAUGAAAAAACCACCAAUAUUCAGAUACUACAAGAUGUACAACUUAGAAACGCUGACCAUGAAAUUUAUAACAAACAGGAAAGCAACAUAAAGAAACAACUAAGCCAAGUACCAAAGAUAAAUACCUUUGAAAAUCAAUCAUGUAACUCGACAAAUAAUACAUCAAGCAGCUUACAAGAAACUGGAAUCGCAAUUGAUCUUUCGCGAAAGGGCAACUUUCAGGAAACUAAGAAACAGGAAUCGCUAACUGCCAGAGAUGCUCCAACAUUAUCAGAAUCAAAAAAAGAAACUCCAACUGUUUGUAAUUCCACAGGAAAUAUUAAAAAAAGACUGCAAGACACUGUAGAAUGUAAAGUUGCAUCAAGUCAGCCAAAUGGUGGACAAAAACAGCAAAAUUUAAUUAAAUUAAAAACCAAAUUGCGCGACAUCGAAAGCCGUGUAGCUCGGAACACCUCACAUUGGCAAAUUAGGAGCAAAGAUAUUGCAAAAAAUGCAAACAAAAAAGAAACAGCUGUAAAUAUGUCUAUAGAUGCUAACAAAACUAAAAUAAGUAACAGAAAAAUAACAGAUGUAAAUGAAAAUAGCAGCAAAAUAGGUUCAAGUAAAGCUUCAGCUUCUACAACUAAAAUUUACUUAAAAGGAGAUUCUAAAAAUAAGAAAAUGAAGAUUACAGAAAAUCGCCUUCUUCUGAUAAGAGACUUAUUCUCUAAAUACAUAAGAAGCCUCCCGGACACUGAAAAGGAAACAAUUAAAAUGUUUAAUGAUAUGCAUAACAGAUGGCAAUGCAUAUGUUUAGAACUUUUGACUAGCCAGAAGAAAUGGUACAAUAUUUUGAAAUUCUCUGAAAAAAUUCGCCCUGAUAUGGAACAUGGCGAUAUUUUCGAAAUGGUUAGGGCAUUUCAAAAAAACGGAAUUGUUGACACGGAGUAUCAAACAGAACAUGAAGUUGUCCUAUUGAACCAACUAAGUAAAGAUAAUUUGAUAAAAAUCUGUGACGACUUAGAAAAGGAAGGUUUAAAAAUAUAUAACAGACACAAACCUAAUGAAAAAUUAGACAACAAGAAGCUUAUUGUAAAUAUACAUUCAAAUUGCAAUACUCAGUACAAAAUAGACUUACUGAAGAGAAAAAUACAAAACAGAAUGGGAAAGUGCAUGAGAAUAAAUGAAAAUUUCCGGCAAAUCUUUUAUUCCGUUUACCUCUUAGGCACCUACACUAAUCCUAGAUUUUCGAAGAUGGAGGACUACUUUAAGAGCAUGUUGGUCGAUAAAGAUACAUUUCCUCAGUACCCAGUAGAUGAAUACGUCAUAUUUGCUAGUUGGGCUGAUUUUAGAAGUUAUUCAAAAGCUAAAAUGUAUGAAAUGAAUUUUAAAAGCUUUUCACAUGAUGCAGAAGAGCUUAGACAGAUUUGUGGGAAGAUAUUCGCAGAAUUGAAGAUCGUCGGAAACGGAAGAAUUGAUGAUGAAAGAUUUAGGGACGCUCCUCAUUUGACCCAAUUUACCGCUAGAGCUGUAUACGUGACUACCUUGUCAAAUGCAUCUGACGUGUUACUGGGAAAAUAUCCAGAAUCCGUGCAGGAAUGGCUGGAGUUCAUGAUCCGGCAUAUGAAAGAGGAAUUUCCGCAUGAAAUCGGUCGUUGGUACUACAACUUGAUAGGGCUGUAUAUGAAGUUUUUGAAACCCUUUGAUUAUAAUCGUGCUGCUGAAGAACUGAUAAAAGUACUGGUUCAGGAAAGAAAGAACUUGUCAGAUGUCCAACUUCACCGGAUUUUUGAGAGGGGAAGAGAACUCAUGCGAAAAGAUGAAGUGUUACGGGCAAAUAAGGAUAAUAUCGCUGAACUCGAGUUUCAAUUACUAAGGCAUCGCAUCGAAAAGUUCCCAGUAAAACCCAUGGACGUAGAAUCGGGAAUGAGCAAAAUAGAAUAUUAUAAACUACUUCAUUCUACUUGGGGUGGUAAUAAAAUCAUAGCUACCUUCAUACUUUUGUUCUUUGAUAUAAUAUAUACCUCCACAAAAUACAUACGCGGAGCGUAUGUAUCGAAAAUGCAGAUUCAACCUCUGGACAUAAAUACUCACCUAUUCUAUAUGAAUAGAAAAAGUGAGAUAGAGCGCCGUCUGAUGGAGAUCGAAAGUGAGUGGUCUGAUGACAGGCUUAUAAAUUUCCUAAAACAAAAUUAUCAUAAACAUUCCCAUGAAUUUGUACUUUGUAAAAUUGAUAAUAUUAUAAGCGAUACCCAGAUUUUGGAGAACCUAAUUGAAGGCUUUGGACGAAAAAUCUUAGCUAAGAUAUACAAACGUUUAGCAGAAAAUUUUACAGAGCAUAAAACUGGUUUUCCAGACCUAUUGGUUUCGAAUGCUGGCAAGAAGAAAUAUUUUAGAGCUGUGAAAAAGAGCAGUGCUAAACUAUCUAUAGAGGAAACUUUGUGGCUUGAUUGUUUGCGUUCCAACGAAACGAAAGUGGAAAUUGCUCCGUUACGACCUUUAGACAUCAAGAAGUGUAUUAAAAAAGGAGAAAACAAUGACCUGCCAAAAGCUUCUACUUCGUCGCCUUCGGACAAAGUCCCAUAAAAACAUAUCCAUGUAAAAUUAUUCUAUGCAAGGCCGUAGGUAACCAUCUUGUUUUGCUUCUGAUUGAGAUUACAUUCAAAACUUUGAAUGUUUGUAAUGAUCUUGUACGAGCCUUUGAAAUGUUUUAAAAAGGUAUAUUGAAUGGAGGAAUUGGAGCCACAUUAAAUAAAUUUAAUAAAAAUGUUAUAACGCACUAUAACUUCAUUAUACUGGCAUUUCAAAAGGUGAUGUGUUGGCCUCUUCUAAGUAUGUAUUUCUUUUUACAUUCCGUUUUAAAAUUAUUUAGUUGUACAAUUAGUUAUGUACUAGUUGUUACGUAGUAUUAGUAUGCAAUUAUAUUGCACAUAUAUUAUUCAUCCAACUGUAAUUUCAUGAAUGAAACAGUCUUUUGUUUUUUGUCAUAUACUUAGGUACUUUGUUGGCAGAAAUUUUUCGAAAACGCAUGUUUAUUUAUGUUAUUCUACUUCCAAAACGUAGACUUGUCACAAUUCACUAAUUCAAAGGAAUAAUUUCAAUUUUUUUGCCUCAGAUAUCAACUAUGAAGUAUGCAUCGUAUCUCCAGUGGAAAACACAUAAUACAACUAUAAAUUUAGUAAAAAGAUUAUGUUUAAUUAGAUAGCAAUAAGUACAAAAUCUCAGCUAUCUCUAAUUAACUAUGCUAGUAAAAACAUCAAAUUUAUUUUUCUCUGGAGAUAGGUACUUUACAGUAAAUAAAGUCAGGUUUAAUGAAACACUACACACUUUCACAAAAUCUCAACCAACAAAAAAUAAAAAAUACUGUUUUAGGUAUGUUCAACAACCUCUGAAUUUUGAGUAAGAUAUAAAGUUGUUCUCUUUAGCUAACCUAAAAGCCCUCUAUAUAGAAUUUUAUUGAAAUAUUUUAAUAAGUGUGGACAUUAUUUUAGAAACAAUUUUUUUAAGACACGCAACUUUUCAGGAAAGGAAAGUUUCUUGAAUGUAAUUGCUUUGUUGUAGAAAACCAACAAUUGUUUAUGCCAUUUAGCGUAAUUUUACUGAUGAAACAUUGAGUACAAAAUUUAAUUUUUAGAUACGGUUCAUCAGUCUUAGUACUUAGAUACUUAUUCAUAAUUUGCUGGGAAAAAAAUGUCCUGAACAUUCAAAUUGAGAAAAAAACUUAAUAUGCCUUAUAUACAGCAUGUGGCAUCUUUAAUGCAGAAAAAAUUAAAUACAUAUUCCUAGCAAUAUACAUAAUAAAAAAGCCUUCAAAUAGUUCUAUAUUCACGUUUUGUCAAGAAAAUAGAACGUCAAUUUUGUGGCGAAAAAAUAAAUCUUAUUACGGCCCUGGCAAGAAAUGUUCACAUUCAACAGCUCAACCCGCGGACACUUGCCGAACCAAACUAUCCGAAAAUCUGUGCAGACUGCAGAGUUUGCCACUUUGCCAAUCGCUACAUGUAAUUGGAUGAAGUAAACAAAAAGGAAAUAAAAGGUUUUUGAAGCAAUACUAAAUAAAUAAUUUUGGACAAUUUAAUACAAUCCGUUUUAAUUAAAAUGAAAAGUAAACAUAAAAUUUUAAAUAGUUAAUUUACUGCAAAUGGUAAUGUGUGAUUUAAGAUAAGAUGUUUGUAGAAACAUAGUAAGUGGUAUUACAGAACACUAACAUUACAUUAUUUUAACGGUUGAUAAGUUGGAUCAAGACAAAAUAGAUGCAAACUUACAGCUUUUAUAGAAAAUGUAGAAAAUGAUUCCCAUUAGAUCGCAGGCAGGCCUGGCAGCAACGCACCCAAUUUUGACCAACUAUCAGCAGUUUAAGUUUUUAAUUUUCUGCAUUAAAGAUGCCGCAUUAUGUAUAAACCUUAGUUAAAUAUUUUCAAUAUUAAAAAAAUGUUUAAUGUAGAUCUAAGUUUUUAUGUAGGUAUAAUAAUAUUCUGAUGUUAUCGCAGGACAUAAUUUUAUAACUGCUUGCUUAGUUUGGUCUGUAGAAUGCCUCAUCAUUUAAAUUUGUUCACUUAAAACUAUUAGAUAGAUGUUAUAAAAAAAUAUAUACAUCAAAAAUAUAUAAUGUAUGCUUAUCAAAUAUAAAUGUAUUUUUAUGAUUAGUGCAUUUUAUAUUUUUAUACAUUAUUACUCAAAAUAAAAAUCAACACAAAUAUUUUUAUAUGAUU